GUGUGUGUACAUACAUAUAUGUAUAUAUACAUACAUUAUAUAUAUAUACAUUUAUACACACACAAUAAAACAAUAUGCUUAUUCACGUAUCAAAACAAUGAUGAACAAGAAGUUUAUUUCCUGAACAGCUGCAGUUCAAAAUGAAGCCGUUGGAUAUAUAGGCCUAUAAGACAUAAGGCACCUAGAGCGGAUGCAUAUUUCAAGGACAAACAUUCUAAUCAACUGAGACACAGGAUCGUCCAUUAAAACAGAUCUAGAAAACAAGAAAAAAUAGCGAAUAAACAUACUUUCGCCAAUAAUAAAUGAACAAUAGAAAAAAAAAAAAAAAAACAUACUUUCGCCAAUAAUUUACGAACAAUAGAAAAACAAAUAAAAAAAAUCAGCUUAUCUCAUUUCCCUAAUGUAAACAGCCCGCAAACCACUGGAUCUUAAGUACCAUAUGACGAGCAGGCUACAGGUCGGCUGCUGGAACUCGACCUUCCGCUUCGGCUGCCGCUUACUUUGCGCAGUCGGGGCCACUUGUCUGUCAGUCGGCCGCGAGAUUCCGAGCUAAGAGAAAAUUAUCUUCAAAAUGAGUUCAACCGAAAUGAAGUCUACCGAUUUAAAUUUUUCUGCGGAAACUCUUGGAGAAUUUCUGCCUCAAGUGCUUACCCUUGUUGCUGCCUUUCUCUCCUCUGAAGAUAACACUGAGCUAACACGCGAGGCAGUGGACAUGGCUUCGAAAUUGCUUUCUCUGGAUCUAUCUUUGCAGCCGUCCUACGAAAUCACUUCAGGCUGGCUCAGUCUCUUCUCUGGCAGUGGUCUGUGGUCGCUUAGUUACCUGACUAUACCAGUAAUUCUCACCGGUAUUGUCUGGUACUUCAUUGUCACAUUCCUCCUCCAGAAGAAUGUAUUUGGCAGGAGCUUUGGAUCACCUGCAAGAAUGGAAAGCCAAGUGGAAUACAUGGACGAUUUAACAGUCAAAGUAAAAGAGGCUUUAGACCACCCUCGGUAGUUUAUAGCACCAUGAUGGGUAAGAGGUACCGAGUUGUCACGAUGUAGAAAAGGUAUGAAUGAGAAUGAGCAUUACAGCUCUGCAAGAUAGUUAUCAAAUUUCUGAUAAUGCAUCUUUAUCAGAAAGUGAUGCUGAAAUGUUAAUUACACAUCUUGCAUUAUAUAAUUACUUAUUCUCCUUCAUAAAUCUCUUGCUGGCAGGUACCAAGGUUAUGAGCCUGAGUACCUGUUGCAAUGAUGCUGAUGGUAUACAGGUGUUGGUAUUAUGAAGAGAAAGAUAAUACAGGGUAAUAAGCUGAAGUUAUGUGUGUUUAUACAAUCAAAGUCUAUGUAAAACCAGAUUAUUAAUGUUUAUAACAUUCAUGUAAAUAUAACAUUCUGAUGUUUAAUUAGUAUAAACAAAUGUUAAAAGUUAACAAUACUUUCUUUGUUUUGUGUGUGUGUUGUUAAUAGUUCUUUUGUAGUAUUUGUUUGUCUAAUUGAAUAUUCACUCAUUAUUUAUAGUAGAUUUUCCUAAAAAAAAUUGUAAUAAUAAAUAAAAAGAAAUUU